AUGUCCGCUUUAUCACCAUUCAUUCAUCGCUUGCAAGUGAGUCAUACAUCGUCGCUUGUUUUCUCGGCAGGAAGCGGUGACUGGAUUGCUGUUGCAAGCAAAGAAUCUGCUGAAGUACAUCUAUGGCGGACGGAUAGUGUCGUGCAGGUGAAACAGUGGUUCACUGUAAAUUCAGAGAAGUUCUUUUCUGCUGUUCUGGAUUGUAUGAUGGUGGAAGGCGAUCCGCCUCCUCGCAGAACUCAGAGAGUUACGUGGAGUGACGAUCUCACGAACUGUUUGAUAAACACUGGUGACGAUGAAGAAGCACAGCAGGGUAACAUUAUAAAAGGAUCCUCAUCAGAUGAAUAUUUGCUGAAACCGGUGCUGUCUGCUUUGCUUGUUGAUGCUAGUUGCGAAGCUGUCAUAACAGCUCUUUGUACCAUUGGAAGUCCGUGCUUUGGCGAUCCUUCCAUUGGAGGCAUAGCAAGGAAUUCAUUUGAACUGAAGCAGACUUUAGUGUUUGUCGCUGUCUCUGUAAAUGAUGCAAAACUAAAUAGUGUACGUCAGCAGAACCAGAACUGCUUGGAAACUGAAAUAAGUACAUUAAAUACAAUGAACAGAGCACAUGAAUUUAUCGAUAUGCCACCACGCAUUGUUAGCGGAUCACAUUCUGUCAAUGAUGGCAUUAAUUCUGGUGCAUCGCUCCGUCCAUUUCUAGCUCUUUAUCAGCUUGACUGUGCAGAUUCUUUUAGUUCGCGUAAUCGCACACCUUCCACCUGCCAAGAGACUUCAAAGUCGUCCGAAAACAAAGUGAUGCAUUCUUCUAAUGCAGACGAAACUGAUUUCACGGAAGGAGUACUAUUGAUGGACACUACUGACGAUGCAGUCUUGGAAUGGUCUGACUCUACAUAUGACGAGCAGUCUGGUUUUGUUGAUUUACCCACUGGAGAGGGAAAUGAAGCGUUAGACGGGUCAUCGAAAACAGAUGCAAAAUAUGAUGAAAAAGAAGGUUAUAUAUCUGUUAAUUACAAAACGCCAUCGAUGGAUAUUUCCUUCGUCCAGUGUUUCAAGUUGCCAGCUGUAAUCGAUAAUACCUCAAUGGAGAUAUCAGCAGUAAUUCCAAUGCACAAUAUUUUCCUGGUGGUUGUAGUUAACAACAUACAAUCUACAGUAGAUGCAGUGCAAUCAGCAAUAUUAAUAUAUCUUGUUCAAUUCGGGAAAAUUGCUGUCGAUAUUCAGAAAGAGCCGCUGAAAGCUUAUUACUACAAAGAUUUCCGAAUUAUGCAGUUCUGUUUAACAAAUAUGGAUCUUCGCACAAAUUCAGAAUCCUAUACCAACAACGACUACUUUGAUUGUGGAGUUAUUGUAAGUCAUUUUUAUGAGCUGAUCAUUUUUCCGCCUGAUGAAAAAUUUCUAAUUAUAUUAUGUUGUUGA